AGCCCGAUCAACGUAGCCGAUCUGGUCAACCCGGCUGCACGACGCCGUCUUGACAAACCAGCUGUCCUGACAAACCAGCCGUGCUGCCCACCUAACGGCAUCCAUCCCCUUGUACAGUCUCGCUCGCUUCGGACGCCUGCUCCCAAAACUCGGCCAUGGCCCUCUGGCAAUCAGGCGCCUCUGCCGGAAUCCACUUUGGAUGCAUGUCCCGCUUGCUCAACGCCGAUAUGAUGCUUCCGCUGACACACGAGUCUUGUCUUCGGGCCUGUGUACCUCUUCGUCGAUGGCUGUCGGCACCGUCUGCGCAUAACGUCGCAUGGCCCGCAAGUCACACUGCAUCCCGUUCACAGCCCUAUCACACCAUCAGACACUUCACGUCUGCUCAACCGGCCUCGCUGGAUCCGGAUCUCGGCAGGCAACUCAAAUCGUCGUCAGGCACCCCUCUGUUUCAAAGACUGAGCUCCAGCUUCAAGGAGCAGCAGAAGCUCACACCCGAUUGCUGCCUCGACAUUCUCGCCGCCUGUGCCCAGGCCGGAGACGUCAAGACGGCCCUCACAACGAUCGGGCUGAUGGAGACCGAGCGAUAUCCGUUGACCGCCAAAGUCCACGAGCUCCUGCUCGUCACUCUGUCGAAGGAGCCGCAUCGGCAUCUGGCCCAAACUCGCCAGAUCUUGGCCAAUCUCGAGACCAUGCAUCCCGCGCCAGAGUGCUAUCUGAAUCUCCUGAGGGCCUACCGCGGCACUCGCAAUCGUGAGCUCGAAGCGAUUGCGUCGGCAAUGCUCCAGAAGCUCUGCUCACUGUCAGAGGAGUUGACACCCAGAGACUGCGUUGCACUUGUGGAGGUCUGCAGCGGUUACGGCCGGCACGAUCUUCUCGAGCCAGUCCUCACACACUUUGCCUCAAAAACGCAAGCCGCUGCUGCCGAUCGUCUGCAGAUGCUGGAUACACUCGCACGGGCACGAUCGAGUCGGUCGGCGAUCGCACCGAGCUUCCUCCGUCUAUAUCAAGAAGCCAUCGAGGCAAAGCCGGAUUCGCUCUGCAGCACCUCCGAGCGGAUCCAAUUGCUGCAUUCGGCCCUGCAAGCGUAUCUGGAGUUCUCGGUCGUGGACGAGCCUCUUGCGAGCGUCCGCAUCCAGGUUGACCUGGUUCUCGCCCAGAUCGAUCCUGGACUCUCCAACACCAUCGAGUACAAGAGGCUGGUCUUCAUGACGCAGCUGCAUUUGCUCCGCGCCGAGAUCCGAGCUGCAAGGGCCACCCCCGAUGAGUUUGAUGUGCGUCCAUGGCUCAAGAUCAAGCAGUACCUCCUCUCCCAAACGGACUUUGUUGUCCCGGACGAGUGCUUCGUGCUGAUAUUGGAGGGCUACCUGCGGUCGCUCUCGAUCGAGAUCCACAAGCCAUCGCGGAGCCCUGCAGCGUUCUCGCAAGACGGAUUCUUUGCUCUCUGGACCGAGUGCAUUUUGUAUGGCUGGCGGGUCACGGAUCAAUCGAUUGCGGCCCUGUUCCGAGUUCUGGCGCAGCCGGCAGUGCUUUCCAAGAGCCCGCAGCGGAUACAGAUCGUCGAGCGCAUCUUCCAGCACAUCCCCGAGACGGGUCUCAAGCCCACCGCCUCGAUGUACGCACCUCUGUUUCCUGUCUUUACGGCCGACCACGAAGCCACACCAACCAAUCCGAUCCCACACAUGGUGCUGCUCGACAUCGAGAAGCAAAUGCUCGGAAGCGGGAUCGCACACAACUUUGACAGCGCCAGCGCUGCAGUGAUGGCGUACUGGAAAGGAUUCCAGCCCACCUACGCCAUGCGCCGACUCUCGGACAUGGAGCUCUCUGGCAUCCGCCCCCGCCCCUCCGUGGGAUUCUAUGUCGAGCUGAUUCGGCAUGCUGCUCCGUAUCGACACCUAGCCCUGUUCGUGCUGCAGGACCUCUAUCCGUCCAUGCUUCGGCAGCGAAUCGCUCCCAACCACAAGCUGUACUCGGAGCUGUUGCGAUGCUGCCUGGCAUGCGGAAACCAGGCUCAAGGUCACCAGAUUAUGAUCGAGAUGCGCGACAAGCAGAUUGCACUUUCGGCAGACGAUGCGCUCGUACUGCUCGAGCUGAUGCUGGCCACGGACGGGGUAGUGCUCUACCACGGCGCGCAAGCCGUCAUCCGAAGAAUGAAGCAGAGCGGCGUGACGCUUUCGCAGCAGCAUUUGGAUGUUAUCCAGGAUGCGCACGGGCGCAAGCGACUGUCGGGCGAUGAGGUGCGGUAUCUUGUAGAGUUGGCGGGCAAAUAAAGUAGCUCGUGUGCGAGCGCAGUAGAUGACGACGG